AUGGAAUUGCACGGGUUCUCAGACGCUUCGCAAAACGCUAUGGCUGCCGCUGUUUAUUUGAGAGUCACUGACGCUGAUGGGAACACAAAGGUCUCACUUUUGUGUUCAAAAACGCAAGUAGCACCGCUGAAGACCAUGACAAUCCCACGCUUGGAAUUAUCUGCCGCAUGGUUGCUAACACAACUGAUACUUCAUGUCAAAGAAGUUCAGUCGCUUGAAAAUGUCAGGAUCAAUCUCUGGACUGACUCCGCUGUGACUCUCGCAUGGAUUAAAAGUCCAGCAAUCCGCUGGAAGACAUUCGUCCGCAAUAGAGUGGGAAAAAACCAAGAAACGCAUCGAGAUGUCUCCUGGAAAUUUAUUCCAGGAAAACAAAACCCCACUGACUGCGCUUCAAGAGGUAUACCUACGCUAAAACUGAAACAACACGCUCUCUGGUGGCAUGGACCAACUUGGCUUCAUGAACCAGAAUCCUCUUGGCCCACUCUGGAGCCUCCAACCGACAACGCAACGCAUCGAGAAGAACGCCAAGGUCUGACACUAGUAACUUGGAAAGCAGAAAAUUGCCUGCUCCAACAAUUACUGUCGCAUUACACGCAGCUGUUUCCACUGCUACGGAAGCUUAGCAUCUGGCAUCGUGCCAUCGACCACUUUAAAGGAGUUCCACAAUCUUCGCUGGCCUACCCGCUUACUCCAUCAGACCUGGAGCGCGCUAAAUUGACCUUGAUUAAGGGUCCUGAGAGUCGGUGGCCGCUUGAAAACGCAUUGCUGGACCCAGAAGAGAGGCAUCCAGCGAUUCUACCGCGACAAUCACCGCUUACAUCAAUUUUGAUUGAUGAUUCGCACCGCAAAACGCUUCACGGAGGUACUCAGCUUACGCUCGCUGACUUACGCAAGAGUGUCUGGAUCAUUGGAGGCCGUGUUCCAGUCAGAUCAUUUAUUUUACGCUGCGUUAUCUGCACGAGACAUCGUGGUGAACGCGCUCAACAGUUGAUGGGUCAACUACCCGCUGCACGAGUAAAUCCAACUCGAGCCUUCUUGCAUACAGGACUCGACUACGCUGGACCUAUCACGCUGAAAACGUUUCAAGGACGUGGAGCAAAAACAUACAAAGGCUGGAUUGCAGUCUUUGUAUGCAUGUUCAGUUCAGCUGUACAUCUAGAGCUAGUAACUGACUACACCGCUGCCGCUUUCAUCGCCGCUUAUCGCCGCUUCACUGGUCACCGAGGUAUCUGCCACACGCUAUAUUCAGACUGUGGAACCAAUUUUGUAGGAGCAGAUAAAGAGCUGAAACGACUAUUCGCUGCAGGAUCCCGCACAUUACGAGAAUUAUCAACCUUGAUCGCUCAAGAUGGCACGAACUGGAAAUUCAAUCCGCCUGGAGCUCCACAUUUUGGAGGAAAAUGGGAAGCCGCUGUGAAAUCUAUCAAAUUUCACCUUCGAAGAACAAUCGGAGACUCGCUGUUGACGCUUGAGCAAUAUUCAACGCUACUGGCUCAAAUUGAAGCCAUAUUGAAUUCCAGACCGCUCACACCGCUGAAUGAAGAUCCUGCUGACCUGGCUGUACUGACUCCAGAUCAUUUCUUAAUCGGACAGUCACUGACCGCUAUCCCAGAGCCAUCGCUGACAGAUUUACAACCUGCUCGGCUCUCGCACUGGGAACAAGUCCAGCAAAUGGUUCAACAUUUCUGGAAACGCUACUACCAGGACUGCAUCUACCGCUACCAGGCCAUUUCAAAGUGGCAUCAUCGACGCAACCAGAUCAAGGUGGGUUCAGUAGUACUGAUCACCACUGAGGAUCUCCCGCCAACCAAGUGGCCAUUAGCCAGUAAUUGCUGUCCAUCCAGGUGA